GGUCAGUAUCGAGAGCAAGCUCAUUAGGAGAACAUUGAACGGCUCUGUGUUCGUCCAAAAGGGCCUCGAUGAAGCUUAAAUCGGCAAUGCAAGACUUCAGAAUUUUCAUUUUCCUGUCUAUCGUCGUGUUUCUGUUCUUCGUUGCCUGUCCCGAUUUUCUGCCAAAUCUCGAAUCGCGCAGCCAAUGUGAACACAGUGAUAUGGACUUCACUGCAAAGGCUGAAGAGAAGAGCGACGACAGUCACGUGUUUUGCCCGAUACCAGCGCUUCGAAGUGGAGAACAGUUUCGUAAUUUCCUGACGACGGUCGAGAUACCUUGUGACAAUGUGACGACGUUCGGAGGACCUCCCAGGGGCAAGAAGGGGUCCUCGAAAAACGUUUGUCUCGAUGGCAGGUUCGACGUCAUCCCGGGUCGGUGCGUCGUCUUCUCCUUCGGCAUAAACCACGACUGGAGUUUCGAGGACGAGAUGGCCGAGUUUGGGUGCAAGGUGUUCGCAUACGACCCGACAAUGGACGUCGAGAGUCACCAGCGAUCCCCGAAUCUGCAGUUCUUUUCCACGGGGAUUUCCAACUACAACGGGACCAAAGUGAUAGGGAUGGGGAAGAACUGGAAAGAACGGAAAGUGGACCGCUUCGAGAACCUAGUGAAGGAGGCGGGGAUGGAGGGCCGCCCGAUCGACGUGGUGAAGCUCGACGUCGAGCUCUCCGAACUCGACUUCCUGCAGGACAUGCUCUUCAACUCUCGCCACGUCCUCGGGAGCAUCAAACAGCUGGCCAUGGAGAUACAUUCCCAUUUCAGAAGCAAUGACGUAAAUUCGGCCGCUCGUUCGCAGGUGUUCUGGCCGUAUCUGAACCUCAUGAGAUGUGCCGGAUUUAGGCUCAUGAGCUCCGAGUCGGGGGGUUAUUGGAGAGAAGUCGUGUGGGCGCAGGAGAGAGUGUGGGGAUAGAUGGGCCUCCGUUUUCCCUCCGGACACUUCGGCGUUUAUGGGCGUGUUUUUGGGUGUGAGAUUUGGUGCGUAUGUGCGUGAGUUUUGAGUGUUUGUGCGUUUGAGAUUUGGUGUGUAUGUGCGUGUGUUUGGGUGUUUGUGUGUAUGAGUUUUGGUGCUUAUGUAAGUUCUCGAGAAUGUGUAGAGUUUGCAUAACAAUAUGUAAAUGAAUCAUGAGAUGUAUUCAGCACAGAAUGUGAUAAUUUCGAGAUUA